AGGCCCACCCACAUACAGUGUGCAUACAUGUAAUGUAUGUUCGUAGCAUUUUUGGCUAUACCUUGAAAGACCAUAUGCUACUUGGACCUCUAGCUCAGGCAUCAUUAUACCAUAUGGUACAUGUACGCGUCACACAGGCCACUGGGUGUACAUAUGUCUUCAUAUACAUGCCCUGUGCCCUGCAUGUGUAGUAGGGAAGAAACACUGUUGUGUGACCAAACCUAAUGUGUUCUGAGCCCUGGGUUUAAAUUGUCACAGUGCUUGAAAGGAAAUGGAUAUAUAAAAGCCGGGGUGUGAUGCUUUUUCAUGUACGUCAGCCAAACCGUAUGCUAACUCCAUCUUAACAUGCUCGACUGUGACAGAACGGAUAUUUAGAUGUGAUUUGCUGAUAACGGUACCUCCCUUAUCAGCAGUUUUGUGUGCACAGUUUUGUGUUGUGAUUAUUUGACACAAAACCUAACCUCAUUGGGCAUGUUUGUUUUACAGGUGUGUUGUUCGUGCUCGAGACCAAACAUUGCUGUAUCCAGUGGAUGGACAGCUAUUGUCAACAAGCCAAGCAUGCUGACCUAGCUGGGUGUUCCGUAGCGACUAGUGCCCCCACCAAAAAAACAUGGAGGAACCUCUGUGAACCUACCUUCUGCUGAAUCAAAGACUAGCGGUUUGUAUAAUCAGGUCCAACAUGGAGGGGAAAAACGACAGCGAUAUGCAAGAGGCAGGGGAGGAAGUGACGCCUAUGACUAAACAGACGUCAGGCCGGAGGUCGGGGAAGAAGAUCAGUGUGGUGUGGCUGAGGUGGAAACGGCGGGGCAUGGUGGAGAUCAUGUCUGGCCACAGACGAUGGACGCUCACCAACUGUGUCAGGAUCGGGCUGGAGAAGGCACUGGCAGACAGGACACACAUCAAACCCAUAGAGGAGCUGACAAAAGAUGACUAUGAGGACAUCAGGAGUAAGAGGCACACUGAGACAAUAGACAAGAAGUCCCAGCAGUCUUUUGAGUUUGCCACGUACGCAGGAGAGGUUUUCGCCACUCUUCGUAACAUCAUCAACAUCUCUGAGGAGGAAUACCUGAACUCUGUCACACCCAUGGCCAACAGACGAUACCUGGAGUUCAUCAGUAACUCCAAGAGUGGACAGGACUUCUUCCUUACACCUGAUAAGAGAUUUAUGAUCAAGACACAGACAAAAAAGGAGACAUACUUCUUCCUAGAACAUCUCAGGACAUACGUAGAACAUUUCAAAAAGUACCCCCACACACUGAUGGUGAAAUUCCUGGGCCUGCACAACAUCAAACUCCUCUACUUCAUUGUCAUGCAGAGCAUCUUCUACCCAGACGAGAGAAUACGGGAACGGUAUGACAUCAAGGCCUGUCAAGCUAGCAGAUAUGUUCUGCCAGAAAAGGAAGGCAGUCAGAUCAUUACAGUCUUAAAAGACAACAACUUUGGGGACAAGAAGAUCAACCUAGGUGGCAACAGGGCAUGGUUCCUGCAGCAGGUGCAGGCUGACACAGAACUGCUGGAGGAGCUCGGUGUUCUGGACUACAGCUUACUGCUGGGGAUCACAGAGCUGCACAGCGACGAGAAAAACAGCCAAGAUCUUGCCAGCCUAGUCCAGAGAGUUGCUAAAUCCCUUCACCAUGGUAGUCCUGAAAAGUCUGCCAACCAUACAAAAUCUACCGGCGGCGCCCUGCAUGAGGAAAUCAGUCACUCUGCGGCGACACUUCCGGUAAACGGUGUCAUGGGUUCCCUUCCCGGUAUGGUGGACUCGGACGAACCUCAGUCCGACCCAACGUUGGGCCCAAACAUUCCUGGUCACAACAGAAGACUUCUUCUCAACACACCCAACAACUUACACAUCGUGGAUGGGGAGGAGUACAGAUACUUCUUGGGUAUCAUCGACUUCUUCGUAACCUACAGUCUGAAGAAGAAGCUCGAGAACUUGUGGAAGAAGAUUCGGUUCCCCGGGCAAUCCUUUUCUACCGUUCCACCCAAUGUGUAUGCGGAAAGGUUUAGGAAGUACAUGGCUGAACAUUCUGAGUAGUUUAAGAACUUCUGAGGAAGUCUUUUCUUGGAACUUCAAGUGAAAACAAGUCAACUUCCAGUGAAAACACACAGCCUUAAACAUUUCAAAACCUCAGUCAGAAGUGCACGUUGUAUAAAUUGAUGUAUUUGUACAAGACUGAUAUAAUAUAUUUAUUCAGAGUGGCAACGGUUGCCUCAAUAUCGUUCCUGAUAUUUUGUACUUUAGGUUACUAUUAAGAAUUGUGAAAGUUUCCAGAAUGUACAGAACGUCAGCACCAAUAGAAACCUAGUCCAUUUUCCAUGAAUCCAUUUGAUAUUAGGGUCGAUAAUUUUAGCAGUUUGGAGAAAAAAGAUUAGAUAACAGCAUUUGAUUUUAAUGGUGGGAACAAACAUCCCUGUCUCAGAUGUUAGUAAUCAAUUCUUUGCAAUGAUGAAAUUUUAGCAGUUGACCAUGAAAGUCACUAAAAACAAGUCAAUAACGACAAAAUGAAAAAUAACAUUUUAAUCCGAGACC